AUGAAAGCUGUUGGCAAUGGUCGCCACACUUCUUUCUGGUACGAUAAAUGGUCCAGCUUGGGUGUUAUGUCGGAGAUGCUAGGGGAAAGAGGAUUUAUUGCAAUGGGUAUCAGGAGAGAAGCCACAGUAGCGGAAGCCUUGCAGCGGAGGAGGACAAGGCAUAGAAGAGAGAUUCUAAAACAGAUAGAUAUGGAGCUAAGUCAUAUCGCAGCAAAUCAAGAAGUGGAGGGAGUUGGUGCAGAUGAUGUUGACAUGUGGAGAUGGAACUCCGGCUACAAACCGAGAUUUUCAACUCAAGAAACAUGGAGGAUGACAAGAGUAAGUGCUGCUCAAUGUGACUGGGGUGGUAGUAUAUGGUUCUCUCAAGCCACGCCGAAGUUUGCGUUUAGGCUGGCCAUCAGAGGCAGAUUAGCUACAAUGGACCGGGUUGCUGUAUGGAGUCAAGGGGUAGACACCACUUGUGUUCUAUGCAAAAGGGCUUCAGAGACUCGAAAUCAUCUCUUCUUUGAGUGCUCGUUUUCCACGCAGAUUUGGGAACCACUCAUGAAAGGGAUUUUGCGCAACUCCUACUCAGGCAAGUGGGAGGAGCUGAUCAGUCUACUAGCCACAUCGCCCAUGGAAAAGAAGAAACAGUUUUGUUUCAGGUACACGCUCCAAGCUACUGUCUACAUGCUGUGGAGAGAGAGAAACAGAAGACGGCAUGGUGAACAGCCAAUACAUGCUACUGUCUUGACAAAACACAUCGACAAAGCUAUCAGAAACAAACUCAGCUUGGUACAGUCGAAGGGAAUUGGAGGUCUUGAAGUGAGUUUGCAAUAUUGGUUUGGUUUGACUGAUGACCUUGUGGAUGGUUUGACUGAUGACCUUGUGGACAUAAUGAGGAGGCAGUGGGCCAUGGACAUAUACAAGGAUUGGGUAGUCCCAGUGUAUGUGGGAGAGGAGAUGGUGUAG